AUGGAAGAAAACGCAGUAGAUCUCCGUCUCCCCAAGAGGCUUUUCGCAACUGAUAAAUUCCCCCGACACCGUCUGAAUAUCUACUCUAGGCCGAACAUUCUAGCUUUCCUCCGACAUGUUCUUCGCGAUUCUCCAGCGUUUCGUAAGAUUGGAGAGUCUUCUUUAGGAAAGCUGUUUGAUCUCCCCACUCGUCAAAUUCCAGUUUCAUGGAAGCUUAUACACAGCCUUAUGUCCCGUCAGUUGCUCUGCAAUCAAGAAUACACGCUCUGGUCUGUGUUUGGUAAAGACCCCCUUAGAUUCAGCCUUGAAGAGUUUGGGACCAUAACUGGCCUUAAUUGUGGAGGUUUACCAGAGGGUUACGAAGCUCCUGACCACAACCGCAAAGGCGCAAACAAGCAGAAGGGGGCACAGAAAGAUCUGUUAUGGGAGCAGAUUGUUGGCAAGUACAACAACAUCACCAUUGCAGACUUAGCUGACGAGCUUGAGAACGACACGCAAAUGGAUGAGUGGAGAAAGAUCCCCCUUGCCCUCAUCAUCAUUGUUGAUGGAAUGUUGAUAACCUCCCAACAGACUCACCGCCCAACGCUUAGGUACGUUCAGAUGCUGGAGGACGUUGAUACUUUCCUCGAAUUCCCCUGGGGGCGUGAAUCUUUCGUGCACACUAUACGCUGCAUGAGACCACCUAAGUUCAACAAAGGCAAGCCCGUUGACAACCCAGUUGAUUUGCUACGUCUGAAACUCAAACAAGAAUCAUUUCGUCUCACCGGGUUCCCACUAGCGCUGCAGUUACUCGCUUUCAAAGCCAUACUUAUGUUGCAGUCGAAGAUCCCUGCUCCUCAAAAUGAGCAGACAAUAAUGGACCUCACUCAGCCUAAUCUACCAAACCAUCCUUCGAUUGAACUAGACUCAGUUUUACAAGUUGAAGAUAAUCCCACUCUGCUUGUGACACCACUUAUCCCACUCGUGAGGGGACCACAACCAAUGUGGGGGUUAUGGUCCAAUGAGAAGACAUAUGAUAAGGUGACAUACAUGGAGCAGCUGAAAGCCAACAACCACUGA